UCCAGCCUGAUGACCCGGUGUUCGUGAUCCAGCCUGAUGACCCGAUCCAGCCUGGAGCCCGCCCGCUGUCAUGCCAGGUCACUCGGUGCCCGCUGUCGUGCCAGAUGACUCGGUGCCCGCUGUCGUGCCAGAUGACUCGGUGCCUGCUUGUCGUGCCAGGUGACUCGGUGCCCGCUGUCGAGCUUGAUGAACUCGGUGCCCGCUGUCGUGCCAGAUGACUCGGUGCCUGUCGAGCCAGGUGACUCGGUGCCCGCUGUCGAGCUUGGUGACUCGUGCCCGCUGUUGUGCCAGGUGACUCGGUGCCCGCUGUCGUGCCAGAUGACUCGGUGCCCGCUGUCGAGCUUGGUGACUUGGUGCCCCGCUGUCGUGCCAGGUGAC